AUGCUGCCGCAUGUCGAGAAGCGGCGUCAUGACAAAUUCAACCAUACGAAUUACAAUGCCAAGUUCCGCACGACUUCACCCGUUGCACCACCAUGGCAGCUACUACCAUUGGAGAGUAGCUUCAAAGAAGGUUGGAACUCAAUCGAAUUCAUGAAGAUCUACUUGCAACAAUCCGAGGAUGUCAAGCUCCGGCUUCUUUUCCAAAAGGAAAUGAUGUUGAAAAUCGAUGAUUUCCAGACCGACAUUACCAAGCAAUAUACAGCAAUUUUCAAAGAUGCAUUCCCGCGUCGCGAGAAUGAACCAUUUGGUCUUACAGAUGAGCAAAAGGCAUCGACACGGGAAAGAGUUCAACGGCUUAUAUGGCAUUUGGACGAGAUGAUUCUUACAAUCAAAUGCUGGGCCAAUCGAAAUGGGAUGAAACAGUAUGAAGUUAGCAACGGCAUUGCGGAAAAAGGCGAACAACUCUGGAAUGACCGGUUUCAAAGCCUCAAGGAAACCAUCGACAAAUUAUUACUUCGAUAUUCCUAUAAGGGAAAACAUCUUCAGUACGUGGGCAGUCUAAAUCAUGGUAUGAGAGGAGCACAUAAGGGCAGAACGGCAUUUAAUAUCAACGAUUUCGAUGUGGAUCUUUUUGUGGUACACGCUGCUGAGUACCACAAGUUUUACCCAGUGAUUGCAGCAGAGUUCCCUGGUAAUAUCAGCAAUGGGAAAAUAUUUCCGAUUGGUACAGAGAUGGGAGAAUUAGUGGAUUUGAGUCGUGAAGUGGGUAACGCUCUGAUGUAUGAACUCAGAGAUAAAGUGAAUCACCCCGAGAAAUUUGUUGAUGGGACCGAAAUUGUUCUUCGUGAGUGGGAUGCUUGGUGA